AUGAGUGCUUUGUUCAAUAUCACUGAGCAUGUUAUCGAUGGACAACACAUUCGAGAGUAUCCUCGAGCUACGGCUACCCCCGAUGCACCUUUAAAGCUUUGCAUCAAGCAAUAUAUGCCGCUGGACAAUCCGAACCCCAAGCCAGGGGAUGUCACAAUCAUAGCUACUCAUAGAUAUGGAUUUCACAAGGAGCUGUAUGAGCCCCUCUGGGAGGAUUUAUUAACUAGCUCCAACAAACAUGGGGCUCGGAUCCGUUCAAUCUGGAUAGCAGGUGCUGCCAAUCAGGGUGCCAGUGGUAUUCUCAAUGAGCAAGAUCUAGGAAAUGAUCCAUCCUGGUAUGACAAUAGCCGCGAUGUGAUUCACAUGGUCAAGCACUUUCGCGACCAGAUGCCACGGCCUAUUGUGGGUACUAUUUGCGUCGCUUUUCGUCCACGAUUUUUCACACCCCUAGCACUGAUCGAGCCACAUAUGACUGACGAACCCCCAGCUGGGGGCGGUCCAAUGCUUGUGUAUAUGUCGAAUAAGAAACGCGACGCAUGGUCAUCUCGAGAGGCUGCUAUCGAAAAAGCUGGAAAGGCUUUCAAGACAUGGGAUCCUCGCGUAUUCGAGCUGUGGAAGAAAUUUGGAUAUUGA